AUGACUUUAUCCAAUAUCAAGAUAGCUGUAGAUAGAGGUGGAACAUUCACUGAUGUCCUAGCUAUAAUUCCUGGACAAGAUGAUUGCGUUUUCAAGUUGUUAUCUGUUGACCCUUUGAAUUACAAAGAUUCUACUAUAGAAGGAAUUAGAAGAGCUAUUGAAUUUGCUACGGGAGUUCGUGUGCCAAAAGAUCAGCCAUUAGAUACAUCGUGUAUCUCUUCCAUCCGUGUUGGUACCACAGUUGCUACGAAUGCGUUAUUGGAACGUAAAGGAGCCAGGUCUGCCUUUAUCACUACUAAAGGUUUUAAAGACAUGCUUCAGAUAGGUUAUCAAUCUCGACCUGAUUUAUUUGCACUCGACAUUGUUAAACCUGGUGUACUAUACGAGAAAGUUGUUGAAAUAAAUGAAAGAGUAACUCUCCCUUCGUAUACGGAGGAUCCUGAUAAGAGGGAAUAUUAUAACAGAGAGAAUGAAAAAGAAUACACCAAAGGAAUCACUGGCGAAGUAUUUCAGAUUCUAGAGGAGAUAGACGUGAAAAGUUCAGUAGAAACUCUAAAACAACUUAAAUUAGAAGGUAUUCAAUCGGUCGCCAUUUGUUUGAUCCAUGGAUACAAUUACCAAAUACAUGAAAAGAAGCUAAAGAAUAUAGCAGAGGAUCUAGGUUUUGAAUUCGUAACUGUCUCUCAUGAGUUAAUGCCAAUGAUUGGAUCGAUUCCUAGAUCUCAGUCUACCGUAUGUGAUGCUUACCUCACACCCGUUUUAAAGAGCUAUGUUCGCAAUUUCAUUGGUGGUUUUAAGAAGGAUUUUGCAGAACACACUAGGAUUGAAUUUAUGAGAUCAGAUGGAGGAAUAUGUUCUUGGAAUGAUUUUCUGGGAUUAGGAGCAUUACUUUCUGGUCCUGCUGGUGGGGUUGUUGGAGAGGCACAAACUUGUUUUGAUCCUGAAGAAAAAACGCCAAUUGUUGGCUUCGAUAUGGGAGGGACGUCAACUGAUGUCUCCAGAUAUGCGGGGCAUUAUGAGCAUGUUUUCAGGACUAUUACAGCUGGAAUUCAGAUUUCGGCACCUCAGCUAGAUAUAAAUACUAUCGCUGCCGGUGGAGGUUCAAUUUUAACAUUUGAGCAUGGAACGUUAAAAGCUGGGCCCGAAUCUGCUGGAGCACAUCCUGGACCUGCUUGUUAUCGUAAAGGAGGACCUUUAACUAUAACUGACGCAAAUUUGUUUACUGGUAGAAUCAUACCUGAAUAUUUUCCCUGUAUAUUUGGUAAAUCCGAGAAUGAACCUCUCGAUUAUGAUACAGUUGAAACUAAGUUCACUGAAUUAGCUCAAGAAAUUAAUGAAGAUAAUCCUGAAAAACAUCUUACCCCUAAGGAAGUGGCGCUAGGCUUUUUGAAAGUAGCUAAUUAUUCCAUGGCAAAGCCAAUCAGAGCCAUAACAGAAUGCAGAGGUUUUGAUGUUUCCAAACAUAACCUAGCUUCUUUUGGAGGGGCUGGGGGACAGCAUGCUUGUUCUAUUGCCACUAUAUUGAAGAUGAAGAGAGUUAUUAUUCAUAGGUAUUCUUCUAUUUUAUCGGCUUACGGUAUUGCUCUUGCUGAUGUUGUUCACGAAUCACAAAUGCCAUGCCUGGCAGUAUAUUCUGAGCAAUCCAAAAUCGAAUUAUUAGAACAGGGUAAGAAGCUAUCUUUUUCUGUGAAGAAAAAGCUUCUUGAUCAAUCGGUCAGUGAAGAUUGUAUCGAGCUCAAGAUCUUUUUCAACAUGGGCUAUUCUGGAUCUAGUACUAGAUUAAUGAUUGAACAACCUGAAAAUGGUGAUUUUCUUCAGAGCUUCACAGAAUCUCAUCUUAGGGAGUUCUCAUUUGUUGAUGAUAAGCGUGAGGUACUAGUACUGGAUGUCCGUGUACGUGGAUGUGGAAAAGUCUCUCAGACUACUGCAAGGUCGCCAUAUAAAGAUUUACAGGUUGCAAAGAUAAAGCCAGCCGAAGGGAAUGAAAUCGCAGUUCGUAAUAUUCUUUUUGACGAGGGAGAACUUUCGUCAAAAAUCUAUUCUUUGAAAGAUCUUUCCGAAGGUUCAGUAGUCAAAGGACCUGCCCUAAUUUUAGACACAACGCAGACUAUAUUGGUUACUCCGAAUUCGAAAGCAAUUGUUCUUCCGAAUCAUUUAAUCAUUGAUAUAGAAGAAGGUCAGAAAGAAAAUGUUUCUUUUGACUACGUGGAUCCUAUCUUAUUGUCCGUUUUUUCAAACAGGUUUGUCGCUAUUGCCGAAGAAAUGGGAAGAACCUUGCAAAAAAUUAGUGUCAGUGCCAAUAUUAAAGAAAGACUUGACUUUUCAUGUGCCUUGUUUGAUAAUGAAGGCAAACUUACUGCAAAUGCACCACAUGUUCCGGUGCAUCUUGGAUCAAUGUCGCAUUGUAUUCGUUAUGCUAAAAGAUACUGGGGCGAGGACAUCCAUCCUGGAGAUAUAUUGGCGUCUAACCAUCCAUGUGCUGGUGGGACACACUUGCCAGAUAUUACUUUGAUUUCUCCUGUAUUCAUUGAUGGGAAGAUUCAGUUCUUCACUGCUUCAAGAGCACAUCAUGCAGAAAUUGGCGGAUCUGCACCUGGAUCUUGUGCUGCUGAUGCGACGGAGCUUUUUCAGGAAGGUGCACAAUUUAUUGCUUGGAAAAUUGUCAGUCAGGGAAAGUUUGAUUAUAAUGGAAUUCGCAAGUAUUUUGUAGAGGAGCCUAGCCUCUACGAAGGUUGUUCGGGAACUCGAAAGCUUGAAGACAAUCUUUCUGACUUGAAAGCCCAAAUAGCGGCCAACCAAAAAGGAGUCAAUAAUUUAAAGGAGCUUUUCAAGGAAUAUGGAACUGAAGUGAUUUUGUUUUACAUGAAGAAUGUCAAUAAAGCGGCUGAGAAGGCAGUAAGGUCUUUUCUUUCGAAAUUCGCAACCGAAAAUAAAAAUAGGUUACCCUUGACUGCUGAGGAAAUUCUUGAUGAUGGAUCCACUAUUCGUGUGAAGAUAUCUAUUGACGAGAGGGAUGGUUCUGUGAUAUAUGAUUUCACUGGAACUAGUGAGGAGGUUUACAAUUGUGGUAAUGCACCUAUUUCUAUCACCUACGCAACCAUUAUAUAUGGAUUGAGGUUGAUGCUAAAUUCUAAUAUCCCGUUGAAUGAGGGAUGUUUGAAGCCUGUGACAAUCAUCAUCCCUGAAGGGACGUUGUUAAAUCCUUCUCCAUUUGUAGCUGUUUCUGCCGCUAACAGUACGACUUCUCAAAGAUUGAACGACACUAUUUUGAAAGCAUUUGAGGUGAGUGGAGCAUCGGCUGGUUCAAAUAACACCUUGGCUUUCGGGAAGGGAGGAAUCGAAAAUGGUAUCAUGAAGCAAGGUUUUGCGAUGGUUGAAACUAUAGGAGGAGGAUCUGGUGCAACCAAGAAUGCCGAUGGGUAUUCAGGGACACAAUGCCAUAUGACCAACACUAGGAUUACGGAUCCUGAGGUGUUAGAACUAAGAUACCCGGUAAUUCUCAAAGAAUUCAAAAUCAGACGCAAUACGGGUGGAAAAGGGAUGCAUAAUGGAGGAGACGGCUUGGUAAGAAGUGUGCAGUUUACUGAUGACUUGGAGUGCACAAUUCGUAGCCAAAGAAGGGUUAAUGCUCCAUAUGGGAUCAAAGGUGGCAAAGAAGGUGCCAGAGGUGAAAAUAAGUUAGGAAGAAAAAGGAGUGAUGGAAAAAUUCACUGGAUACACUUACCAGCAUUUGCUCAAUUCAAAGUCAGGGCUGGCGAUUGUGUCACCAUCAAAACCCCUGGGGGAGGGGGAUAUGGCGAACUGCGUAAAACAUUGGACAAUGAAUCUUCUUUUGAAGGCUCUAAGUAUAGACCUGUUGCAGGAGGAACUUUAGCAUAUUUGAAAGAGCUUAGUAAUACCUCUCAAUAA